AUGGCGUCCAAUCUUCAGUACACCUAUGAUUCUCUCUCGCCUCGGACGGUGCGAUUACUCCGAUUAUGGCCGGGGCCACCAGGCUCUCCCCUCAUUUGUUCCCUGGACAAGGUAUCUCUGGAUGACGCAAACCUGGAAUACAAAGCCUUGUCCUAUGUUUGGGGCGAUGAAUUCCCGCAGUCCAGGCUCUGGAUUAAAGGGAUUGAUGGGAUUCAUCGCAAGCAGCUUUUAAUCCGCCCCAAUCUAGCUACAGCACUUAAGCAGCUUCGGGAAAACCAACUUAUCCAGCAGGCAGUUCAUGAGCAGUUUACCUUUCCGACAUAUCUUUGGAUGGAUGCAGUCUGUAUUGAUCAGGGCAAUAUUGAGGAACGGAGCCAACAAGUCUCGCUGAUGUAUGAAAUCUACACUGCUUCAACCGUCAUUGCCUGGCUCGGUGAAGAAGACGAAUACACCGUUCCAGCACUUCGACUACUCUAUGGACUUUCCAAUCUCUGGGACUGGUGGUCGGACGAUGCAAAGGCUGCAAUCCGCCAGUUGGCCCAUAACGAGAAAUUCAAAAGCUUCUGGGUUGCAUUAGGUCAUUUCUUUGCACGGCCCUGGUGGACACGAAUGUGGAUUAUACAAGAGAUUGUCCUGGCAAGGGACGCGAUUCUUGUCUGUGGCCGUUGGUACGUGAGUUGGGUUCGACUCUGUAAGGCGACGCCUGUGUUAAUGGAUAGUUCUACCGACGAACUUUCCGAGGCAACCCUUGUCACAGGAGAGUUUCGCCAUUUCCAUGCAGCCCUACAAGGUAUUGGCUUACUCAAAUGCUUAAAGAUAAUCAAAACUAGAAUGAAGUUUGGUCAAGAUCCGACCGGGACCAGCUCGCUAGAGAAGUGCGUUUUGUCUGCACUUCUAUAUGUCGGAAGAAACUACGAAGCCACCAAGCCACUAGACAAAGUUUAUGGAAUCUUAGGGCUUCUUCGCGGAUUUGGAGUCACCCCGCAGCUAGAAGUCAGGUAUAAUUAG